AUGUCGCAACCACAACAGCAGCAGCAGCCGGAGCCGAUCGUCUGCGAUGAGGACCAACAACCGGUACGCCAGUACGGCGGAAUCGAGGGACCGAACUCGAAGUACGUGAAGCUGGUGAGCAGCGACGAGCACGAGUUCAUCAUCAAACGGGAACUGGCGCUCACCUCCGGCACUAUCCGCUCAAUGCUCAGCGGACCCGGCGUUUAUCAGGAGAACGAGACCAACGUUGUCUACUUUCGCGAAAUUCCGUCGCACGUUCUGCAGAAAGUGUGCCAGUACUUUGCGUACAGAGUGCGCUACGAACACGCGACCAACGAGAUUCCCCAGUUCGAGAUUGAGCCGGAGCUCGCGCUGGAGUUGCUGAUGGCCGCGAACUUUCUGGAUUGCUGA